ACUCAAACUCCUCACAAAACCCUUCACUUUUUUACUUUCCAAAUAAACAACCAUGGGGCGGUGGCAAAGAGGCCACACCAUUGGCCGGGGCUCAUCAGCCACCGUCUCCACCGCCACCUGCUGCGCCGGUGGCGCUGUCUUUGCCGUGAAGUCCGCGGAGCUGUCUCAAUCGGAGUCUUUGAAAAGGGAGCAGAACAUUUUGUCCUCUGUAAGUAGUCCUUAUGUGGUUGCGUACAAAGGGUGUGACGUUACGAUGGAAAACAACAAGCUCUUGUUCAACCUCUUCAUGGAGCACAUGCCCUUUGGCACGGUUGCUCAGGCGACUCGCCGGCACGGUGGCCGGCUCGAGGAAGCGGCUAUGGCACGCUACACCAGGCAAAUUGUGCAGGGGCUGGAGUACUUGCAUUCAAAAGAGUUGGUGCAUUGUGACAUCAAGGGUGCUAAUAUCUUAAUCGGUGAAGAUGGGGUGAAGAUUGGAGACUUGGGGUGUGCUAAGAGUGUGGUGGAUUCCGCGGUGGUGAUCGGCGGCACCCCGAUGUUCAUGGCCCCGGAGGUGGCGCGUGGAGAGGAGCAAGGGUGUGCCAGUGACGUUUGGUCACUUGGGUGUACUGUGGUUGAAAUGGCCACAGGUGAUGCACCGUGGCCUAGUGUGGAAGACCCUUUUUCGGUGCUUUAUCAUAUUGCAUAUUCUGGUGAAGUGCCUGAGAUUCCUUGUUUUCUAUCUGAGGAAGCAAAGGAUUUUUUGGAGAAGUGCUUGAGGAGGAAUCCACAAGAGAGGUGGAAGGCUGGUGAACUUUUGAAGCAUCCAUUUAUUGGAAAAUCAUGUUCCAACAAUAAGGAAAUUUUGGAAUCUAAUUCAAGUUCCCCAACUAGUGUUCUUGAGCCAUGCUUUUGGAGCUCUGUGGAAGAGUCAGAAAGUGUUGGCGAUUUGAUUAACAACCCAAGAAAGUUUGAACUUUUGGCUGCUGGGAGGGUCAGAAUGUUGGCUCUGUCUUCUGGGCUACCCUGUUGGGCACAGCAUGAUGAUGAAAAUUGGAUCACGGCCAGAGGGAAUGGAGGGAAAGGUUUUGGCAAUGGUGGGUCAGGGACAGCUUCUGCUAGUCAUGAGUUGUCUCACUAGGAAUGGUGAAAAGCAAUGUCAGUGGUAGAAAUUAGUGGACAUGUUUGUCAGGAUCACAAAUGUAGAGUGCUAGUGUUGUAGUUAGUGAUCUCAUUUUUGACCCAGGCAUUGCUUAGAUGCUAUUCCCUUGACAUUAGAUUCUUGUUUAUAAUUCAAUUAUUCAAUAUUUCA